CCAAACACGCCCAUAGAUAUCCCCCGAGGCCCGAGUCCGGUCUUCGCUUCCCUGGUGGUGUGCGGGUCUUGGUCGUAGUCUUCCCACGCCGGCGGGAGCGAGAGGCGACGCCAUGUCCGCUCCGGCGCCAAAUUCGCCAGCCACGCCGUCCCCGGCCACGCCUACACCGGUGCCACCAACUCCCGCGCCGGUGCCGCCCACGCCAUCGCCGGUGCCGCCAACUCCAGCGCCGGUGCCGCCCACGCCAUCGCCGGUGCCGCCCACUCCAGCGCCGGUGCCACCCACGCCAUCGCCGCUGCCGCCCUCGCCUACCCCUACGCCGUCGCCACCUCCUCCGUCGCCCCCACCGCCGGUGGUGACACCGUCCCCACCUCCGCCAGUGCCCGUCCCAACGCCAUCUACACCUCCACCGGCGACCGUGCCAACGCCAUCUCCUCCUCCACCGGCGACCGUGCCAACGCCAUCUCCUCCUCCACCGGCGACCGUUCCGACACCAUCGCCUCCUCCGCCUGUACGCCGGCCUCCUCCUCCGAAUGACGUCCCCGCUUCUCCGCCACCCCCUACCGGCGUCCCAGCGUCACUCUCGCCUCCUCCGCCGUCACAUCUGUCCCUGCCUCCACCUCCGCCGCCCUCGUCGCCAGGAAAGCCACCGACUUCGUCCCCCUCCAAGUCGACAGUCAACGGCACCGCGGUGGGCAUAGGCGUGGCCGUCGCAGCGGUGGUCCUGCUCGGCCUCGCUGCCGGGCUCAUCUACUUCUUCGUAGGAAGGAAGCGCCGCCGCCGCCCGCCGCCGUCGCAGGGGUACCCAGCCGAGUUCUACGACCCACGGCGGCCGGUGACGCCGCCGCACAUGUCGCACGCGGCGUCGACGACGCCGUCGUCCUCGACGCCGCCGCUGAUGCACUCGUGGCAGAGCAGCCGCGGGCCGUCCGAGCCCCCGAUGCCGCCGCUGAACCCGUCGCCGGCGAUCACGGGCGGCACGUUCGGGUACGACGACCUGGCGGCGGCGACGGACGGGUUCUCGGACGCGAACCUGCUCGGGCAGGGCGGGUUCGGGCACGUGUACCGCGGCACGCUGGGCGGUCAGGAGGUGGCCAUCAAGAAGCUGCGCGCCGGCAGCGGGCAGGGCGACCGCGAGUUCCGCGCCGAGGUGGAGAUCAUCAGCCGCGUCCACCACAAGAACCUCGUCUCCCUCGUCGGCUACUGCCUCUUCGGCGAGCAGCGGCUGCUCGUCUACGAGUACGUCCCCAACAAGACCCUCGAGUUCCACCUCCACGGGAGCGGCAGGCCGACGCUGGACUGGCCGCGGCGGUGGAAGAUCGCCGUCGGCUCGGCGAAGGGGCUCGCCUAUCUGCACGAGGAUUGUCAUCCUAAGAUUAUCCAUCGUGACAUCAAGGCGGCGAACAUCCUUCUGGAUUACAACUACGAGCCGAAGGUUGCAGAUUUUGGGUUGGCCAAAUACCAAGCAGCUGAGGUCACCGCUGUUUCUACGCGCGUAAUGGGAACUUUCGGAUAUUUGGCGCCAGAGUACGCUGCCACAGGCAAAGUUAGCGAUCGGUCCGACGUCUUCUCCUUCGGCGUGAUGCUUCUGGAACUGAUCACCGGGAGGAAACCUAUCAUGACAUCUUCAGCUUAUCAGCCUGAGACGCUGGUCUCCUGGGCCAGGCCGUUGCUGACAAGAGCUGUGGAGGAGGAGAACUACGACGAGCUGAUCGACCCGAGGCUGGAGACCAACUACGACGCGUACGACAUGGCGCGGCUGAUCGCGUGCGCCGCGGCCGCCGUGCGCCAGACCGCGCGGUCACGCCCGCGGAUGAGCCAGAUCGUCCGGUACCUGGAGGGGGAGCUGUCGGUGGAGGACCUGAACGCCGGCGUGAGGCCGGGGCAGAGCGCGAUGCAACGGUCGGGCGGCGGCACGACGGACCAGAUCGGCCGGCUGCGGCGGAUGGCGUUCGGGCCGGGCGCGGGCGGGAGCACCACCGGCACCGGCGCCGGCACCAUCACGGAGUACGCGAGCAGCGAGUUCAGCGACCCCACCAGCGAGUACGGGCUGAACCCGUCCAGCGAGUACACGGCCAGCAGUGGCGGCGACACGGGCGAGGCGCCCGCGGCCGCGCAGGGCCAGGGCCAGCAGUGGUCCGGCAGGCGCGCGGCCGGCGACACCGAGAGGAUGAGCCGGCGCACCACCGGCAGACGCGGCCAGACAUGACACCGAGCAUUCUCUGGCGCCCCCGUCAGAUUACGAAGGGACGGUGGACUCACUGUUCGUGUACAUGCAGCCGCUGUGUUAUUUUUUGCUUCUCGUUUUCUUUUGUGUUAUUUUUUUUCUCAGAUUUCCGAUUCAUGCAAUUUUUCGGCUGGGUGGGUGGGAGGUUUAAAUUGUAAAUUGUACGCACUGUGUUGCCACUCCCCCAGUGAAUAAAAAGCUCCAAGAUUUGAGUUGUUUAUGCGAAA